AUAUCAAUGUAGGUGACAUACUGCAAAAUAAGGACACAUUGAUACAAUUAAGUAAAGGUAUCCAAAGGGGUCAUGCUUCAGACUUGGUUAUUGUAUUAUUUGGCGAGAUCUCUCCCACAAUGGCACAAUAGUAAAAAAGAUGUCUCCUUUACGGUCUGAGUUUCAAUAUAAUGCAAAUAUUGGUGAAGGCUUUCUCCAAGACACCAUAAUGGUGCAAAGUUUUAGUGCAGAUGAAAUUUUUUUUACAUUAAAAAUUUUUUUAAGGCAAAUGUUGGUGAAUGCUUUCUCCAACCAAGACCCCAAAAUGUAUUCAAAAAUUUUAAUGCAAAUACGCAAUACAUUGCAGAUGAGUUUUUGUUUUUUAUUGUAUGUGUCAAAAAAAUGUUCUGUUUACAUGUAAAUAAUGCAUAAGUUUAGUGCAAUAGUAAAUUGGGAAUGCUCCAAUAUAUCUGAAGUUAGACAUAACUUUAGGAUGUUAUGCUCACUUCCCCCUUUGACUUUGGAAUUUGUCAUCUACUUAAAUAGUAUCUUUCUUUGGUCAUUUUGGAAUUGCUCAUUUUUAUUCCUUGACUAUAUAAUUCAUCCAAUCUAUUUUCACUCCCAAAAUUCCCAAAAAAUGGACCAACAUUCAGAACUCAAACUCAAGCAGCUGAAAGAAUGUGUUCAAAAACUUGGGUCUUCAACAGAGAAAUAUGGAGACCCAACUUUAAUGAGGUUCCUGAUUGCAAGAUCCAUGGAUGCAAAUAAGGCUGCAAAGAUGUUUGUUUCUUGGCAGAAAUGGAGGGCUUCUUUUGUUCCAUUGGGAUAUAUUCCUGAUUCACAAGUAGUUGAUCAACUUGAUGCUAAAAAGAUUUACUUACAAGGUUUAUCCAAAGACGGAUAUCCUGUUAUGGUUGUUAAAGUUUGCAACCAUUCUCCUGCUAAAGAUCAGCCACAGUUCAAGAAAUUUGUGGUUCAUCUGCUUGACAAAGCAAUUGCAAGUGGCUUUAAUGGAAAAGAAAUAGGAAAUGAGAAGCUAGUAUGUGUUCUUGAUUUAGAUCAAUUGGCUUACAAAAACGUAGAUGUUCGUGGAAUGAUCACUGGAUUCCAGUUCUUACAGUCAUACUACCCAGAGAGGUUAGCGAAGUGUUACCUCCUAAAUAUGCCGUGGUUUUUCGUGAGUGUUUGGAAGGUGGUUUCGCGUUUCCUCGAAAAAGCAACUUUAGAGAAGAUUAUAAUAGUAAGUGAUGAGGAAGGGAAAAGCCAAUUUGUUAGAGAAGUUGGGAAAGAUGUUCUGCCAGAAGAAUUGGGUGGGAAGGCGAAACUCGUUACACUUCAAGACGUUGUACUUCCGUCACUGGGGUUUAACUGUCACUAUACAUAAACGAUUGAUUACUCUUACAGAGUUGACUCUUAAUAAUAUCUAAUGAUUUUGUGUAACCACUCUUGAUUUCUGUUUACAGUUUAUAAUUACUGAUUCACAAUGAUUACGAAGUAAGAAUGACUUAUUUUUAAUGUUUAUAAAAUCAAAAGGGUGAACGCUAUCUUUCCCUUCACCAGACGGAAAGGCGUGACCUCACUUAUGGUAUC